CCCCUUCCCAGAGAUGGCAGCGUAGCUCCUAAGCCUGCCAAGAGAAGCUUCCUGUGGGGCUGAAGGGGCCCUCCGGAGGAAUCACCAACCAGGGAGGAGGUCCUGAAGUGGAGGGGCACAACCUUCUGCUACCUGCCCCCCCAAGAUGACAGCACAAUUCAUUGCAAUGGAGAAGACCAUCGCGGCCUCUGAGCUGCUGGAGAUGGUCGUGGAGACGGAGGCCGGAGCUGGGGCCAGGGGGCUGAGCGUGGCCGGUGGAGGCAAGGCCGGCCUUUUUGUGAAGGACGUGCUCAAGGACUCUCCGGCUGCGCGAGUGCUGAGCCUCCAGGAAGGGGAUCAGCUCCUGAGUGCCAGAGUUUACUUUGACAACAUCAAGUAUGAAGACGCCCUGCAGAUCCUCAAGUGUGCCGAACCAUACAAAAUCUCCUUCUGCCUGAAGCGGGUGGUUCCCAGCGCAGAUGUCUCUCGCCAGCCCGGAGCCACCGUCUUUGAAGUGAGAGGCCCCAAAGCCAAGCUUGCCAAGCUGAACAUCCAGGGUCUCUCCUCCCUGAAAAGGAAAAAGAAGAAGAAGAAGAAGAGGAUAGUGGCACAGAGCCCGGCAGCCGGGAAGCCUGAGGUGGCCCCAGUUGACGUGGAGUUCUCCUUCCCCACCUUCUCCAAGCUGCGCAAGGCCAGGAGCGCUGGAGAGGUGGCCGUGGCUGAAGCGAGCCCAGGCGUUUCGCGGAAGUUGUCCUCCUUGGAGACAAAGCGACACCGACUGAAGUUCCCCCGCCUGAAGGUCAAGGACGCCGUUGCAGCCGAGGCCCGCCUUGCCAUGGGCCUGCCCCAUAUUGGUCUGGCCCUGAAGGAGGCAGGCAGGGGGGGAGGAGGAGGGGAGGAGAAGACGUUCCGAUUCACCCUGCCUUUUUCCAGAGCAAAGAAGCCCAAGGAAGAAGCUGGGGAGGAAAGGGAAAGGGGAUUCCAAGCCCCGCAAGUAGCGUUGGCUCUCCCUCUGCCUAAGGUGGGGGCUGAGGAGGAGGAGGAGGAGUCUCUCGAGGCCGGGCCCAAAGGCCAGAGCCUCCUGGGCUCAGCAUCUCGGCUCGGGUGGCCCAAAGUGGAGGCUGCCCUGCCCAAAGGAAGUGCCAGUGCGCUGAAGACCCCCCCAGGUCUUCUCCAGGCCGGGCUGAAGCUCCCUGCAGCCGAAGUGGCAGCGCCCAAGGUGGACGUAGACUUGGCCCUGCCCAGGUUGGAGUGUGCCGCGGCCCCAGAGGCUGCCCCUAAAAGGGAGGGGUUCAGAGUCAAGGUCCCCAACUUUGGGGUCUCUGCCGAGGAAGCGGAACUGAAGCUGCCUUUGAUGAAGGCGCCUGCCCUGGAAAUGGCCUUGGGGGGGAAAAGUAGGGAAAAGGUUUUGGAGGACCAGCCGAGACCAGCAGGGGCAAUGCCUUCUCUGGAGCUCCCCUUUCCCAAGAAGGGGAAGCCAGGCAUGGAAAGCCCUGAAGUCUCAGGGGGGAUCUCCUUGGUCAGCCUACCCCAGCUGGGAGGGGCAGGCAAACUGCCCCAGGCGGAAGCCAGCCUGGGGAAACCGGGGAGCCCCAAGGCGGACAAGGCGAAGGGCUCCCCCAUUCAGCUGCCUGGCCUGGAGAUUUCCCUGAGGGAGCACCCUUUGGAGAGCCAAGAGGCAGCGGGAGCGGCAGGGGCUUCUCAGGUGAAGCUACCUGAGGUGAGGGUGCCCUCUCUUGACAUCUCUGCCCCCAAAGUCCAGGAUAUCCACCUUUGCAAGGCCAUGGGAGAACCAGCCGCCUCUUCUGGAAGGGCAAAACCCAAAGAGGCUGCCGAAGGGGCUGGAAUUAAGUUUCAGGUGCCUCAAAUAUCCCUCCCAAAAUUUGACUUCCCUGUCAAGCCAGCCCCCUCCCCACCUCCAGUCCAAGUCAAAAUGCCGAAACCAGAAGGAGACCCGGGAAUGAAAGUCAGCCUCCCCAAGGGGGGGGAUGUUUUCUUGCUGGCAAUGAAGGUGCCAGGCGUGCAACUUCCGAAGGUGCCAAGGCCCGAACUGGGCAUCUCUGUUGAGAAGCCAGAGGUUGAGGUGACCACUUCUCCAGCCCCACUGAGCUUUCCACCUGCAACUGUGCCUGUGCUGGACAUUCAGCUGCCAAAAGUUGGGGUGGAGCUGGAUUUGAUGAAGCAUGAAAGGGACCUUUCUGAGCAGGGACCUAAAGCCCAGGAGGUCACCCGAUGGGCCCCGAGCAAAGACUUCCAGGUAGAAAUCAGUCUCCCGAAGGGGGCGGUCAGCCAGCCUGGGCUUGAGCCAGGGAUGAGGAGCAUCGAAGGGCCGGCUCUCGCUGGGAUGGUGGCCAAAUUCCCGAAGGUGGACCUGGCCUUUGAGAAGCAGCCAGCAGACGCCGAAGGGCCAAAGACGGACCUGGAAGGAGCCAAGACGAAGCUGCCCACUGUAGAGAUCCCACCAAUCGGUCUCCCAGAGAUGACAACAGAGAAUCAAGCCAAGGGGAAAACAUCUCGAUUCGCCCUGUCCAAAUUCAGCAUUUUGGGCCCCAAAGUCUGGAGCAAAAUGAGCCCAGAAGUUUCGGUGUCUGGAGUGGAGGGCAGAGAAGCUGCCGACCUGGGUUCAAAGCUGAAAUUGCCCAAGUUUGGGAUCUACUUCCCCAAAUCAAAAUGGGAAGCAGAGGCAGAAGGUGCCAAAUUAGCCCUUGAGGUUGAAGGGGAAGCGCCCAAGGAAAGGCUUGGCAAAACUACAGAGAGCAGAAUGAAGCUGCCCACGGUGGAGGUGGACAUUGGCCGCCCGCAAGGCACGGAAGGAGGGUCUGACGGAAACAGGGGGGGAGCCUCUCCUGAACCCCUCGGUGUCGAGUUCAAAGGGCUAAAACUCUCUCUCCCGAGCUUUGGGGGCAAAGGCCGGGAGGAAGCGUGGGGUGCCCUAGAGAGCGGGGAGGUCAAGUGGCAAGACGGCAAGGAGGGCUUGACAGGGCAGCCGGACCCCAGGAGGCUGGAGAAGGAGGCCAAAGCCUCCAGGUUCCGGAUAGCUUCGUUUGGCCUCAUGAGAAGAGACGUGGAGACCAAAGGCAAGGCGGCCCCUGGGAGUCCAAAGGAGAAGCCCAAAGGCCCAUUUGGGAAGAUGCCCCAGCUGAAGCUUUCCUCUCUGAAGGUCCACCUUCCAGCUCCAGAACAGGAUGAGAAGGUCCUCCCGCAGGUGGAGUUGCCGAGGCUUGCCCCCAGAGCCGAGACAGGGCUGAUCCCAGAGCCGGAGAGUCCUGGGUUCAGGGUUCAGGUGCCAUCAGUGGAGAUUGCUGGGCCUGGUUCCAAAGCUGAAGAGGAGGCGGCUGCGGAGAGACCGGCAGGAGACACAGCCGUGGCCGAGUUCCAGCAGCAGGAGGGGGGGCUCCAGGGGCCCCAAGCACCUUCAAUCCAGGUGUCUGCCCCUACACUAGAGCUGGGCAUCGCCUUGCCCAUGGCUGGGAAAGAAGAGGGCGUUCUCCAGGCAGCCCCUGGCACAGGGCCCAAGGUCAAGCUGCCCAAGGUGGAACUGGCAAAACUUGGGAAGGGCCAGGAGGAAGAGGCAGAGGCGGCUGUGCAACUGCUGGGGAAGGAAGGAGAGAAAGGCCUAGGAGGGGCAGCUGAAGCCUCUGCCCUGGGCACCAAGGUACGGCUGCCCAAAGUGGACAUUUCCUUGCCCAAGGCCUGGCUGCCAGAGGUGGAGCUGCCUCCGGCCAAGGUGGAUCUUGACCUGGAAGGGCCAGAAGCAAAGUUCAAGAUACCUUCAAUGGGGCUGCCGAAACUCAGCACCCUAAAAGUGAAGGCUCCUGAGCUGGAGCUUGAUGUGGGUUUGGAUGGGGGAGGGGUGGUGCCCAAGGUCACAGCAGGCACACCUUCCGUGAAGUGGCCCAAAUUUGGGGCCUCUGGCUCACCAGGAGAUGGGCAGGGCCAGGAGGAUUUGACCCGGGUUCUCCAACUGGAGUUGAAGCCUCCCAAAUUCAGCGGAAGCACAGAGGUCUUGGGCUCUGAAAUGGGGGCAAAAGAGGGCCGGCUAAGGGUGCCCACUCUGCCUCUUGGCCUGGGCAAGCUGGAAACAGAAGCUGGGAUGGGAAGAGAGGAAAGCAGAGUCAGGCUGAAGCUCCCGUCCCCCAGGGUCUCCAAGCCAGAGGCCGAGGUGAGCCUGGAUACCCAGCCCCUCUGCGCCCCCGCCGAGGCCUUCAGGGUGCCCCAGAUUGCUUUGCCCGAUGUCAGCUUCUCUGGGGAUCAGGAGAGGGGAGAGGAGGCCGAGGCGGCAGGGGCGACAGACUUGGAGGGGGGGCUGGAGGGCAUGCUGAAGAUGCCCAAAAUCGGUAUCACGGUGUGCGGGCCAGAAGCCACCAAAUGGGGCACAGAGCGUGCCACUUCUCCAAGCCAGCGGGGUGAGGGUGGGGGAGAGCCAGAGGGGAAGAAAUCGGUUUUUAAGGCCCCUGGCUUGGAAAUUUCUGCUCCAGGUCUCAAAGCCCAAGCUGAAGAUGAGGUGGGGGGCCCCCACACCCGGCAGAGGGACUCCUUGGACCUGGAAGGCACAGGCAGGGAGGGCUGGAAGCAGACAGAUGGCCACUCGGACGCAAGGAAGCGGCACAGGGUGAGGAUCCCCACGUUUGGCCUCUUCCUGCCCAGGGUGGGGCUGGAGGCUCCCGAAGGCCUUGGGGGACAGGAGCCAGAAGCCAGGGGGGGCCUCCUGGCCCUGGGGAGGCCCAAGGAGGCGGAAGGGCCUGCUGGGCUCUUGGUGAGAGAAGAGGAGGACCAGGCCAAGGCUGCCAAACUCAAGCUGAGGACCCCCUUCGGGGUCUCCCUCUCCAGGCCCAAGGGAGCUGCCGAAUUCCAUGGGGAAGCGGAGGGGGCUUCCUCCAGGCUGACGGUGCCCAAGCUAGGCUUCUCCAAGGUUGAAGGAGCCGCUCAGCUCCGGGGAGAGAGGGGAGAGGGGCUCCUCCAGGAUGGGGCAAGUAAGUUGGGGAAGAUCCCACUGCCCCAGGUGGAACUCCUGUCUCCCUCUAAGGGGGCCGAGACUGACCCAGAGCUGAGCCUCAAGCUGGUGAAGGCAGACGAGGUCAAGGAGGGAACCCACCGCGGUGCCACCAUUGCCAUGGCCCUCAAGGCUGCCAAAUUCAAGCCCCCCAGGGUCGCACUCUCCGGCUUCAAGAAGCACAACGGGGAGUUGGCCCCCGAGGCUGUAAGUGCACCUGGGCUCCAAGUGGGGGUGGCACCUUUGAAAACAGCCACUAAAGGGGAGCCGUCCAGCAAGUUCAGGUUUCCAAAACUGGCGUUAAGCUCCAGAUCCCAAGAGGUGCUGGAGAUCUCCAAGCACCAGCAGGACCAGGGGGGGGGCAACUUCAGGCUGCCUGCUGUCGCUUUCUCUGUAGAGAGUGGUUCUGAGGAGGGAGCCCCCACCCAGGAAGCCCCUAGAAAAGGAGGGUCUGAAUGAAGGUGCUCCCCAGCCUGGCUCCCACCAUGUAAAGUUCAGCACUAAGGGGGGGGGGGGGGGGGGGGGGGGAGAGA